GCCGGUAGGAAAACAGCAACAAAUCUGAGCAACCAGCAGUCAAUCAAAAUGGUCAACAAAAGCAAGCUGAAGAUGGCGCUGGUCGCGGAGAAGCAGAUCGACUUCAAGCAGGAGCACCAGAAGAAGAUGGUUAAGAAGGCGCGGAAGGAGAAAAAGACCAAGCAGCCUGUAGCUGAUGUAGCGGAGGAGGAGGAAGGUGAAGAUGACGAUGAGGAGGAGGACGAGGAGGGUAUCCGCGAGCUCAUGGAGCUUGAUGAGAAGGAGAAUGGCGAUGAGUACCGCCGCACAGAGGUUGAUCUUGCAGGUAUCGACGAUAGCGACACUGCUAGCUCCAGCGGUGUCGAAGAUAACAAUGGCCUCUCCGAUGACGACAUGUCCGACGAAGAAGACAUCCCUCUCUCCGACCUUGAAGACCUCGACGACGAAGACAAGGAGGACAUGAUCCCUCACCAGCGCCUGACGAUUAACAACACCACCGCCCUGACCACCGCGCUCCGCCGCAUCGCACUCCCCCUCAAGACCCUCCACUUCACCGACCACCAAUCUCUGACCACCGCCGAGCCCGUGGCCAUCCCUGACGUCUCUGACGAUCUGCAGCGCGAACUGGCGUUCUACCAACAAUCGCUCACUGCCGUCCAGGAGGCCAGGAAGCUGUUGAAGGCCGAGGGCGCGCCGUUCACCAGACCGACGGAUUUCUUUGCCGAGAUGGUCAAGGCGGAUGAGCACAUGGCGAAGAUCAAGGCGAAGUUGGUGGAGGCUGCUGCGGGCAAGAAGGCAUCUGCUGAGGCGAGGAAACAACGCGACCUGAAGAAGUUCGGCAAGCAGGUGCAGAAUGCGAAGUUGCAGGAGAGACAGAAGGAGAAGACCAAGACGAUGGAGAAGAUUAAGGACUUGAAGAGAAAGCGUCAAGAUGGUGACGGCCCAACCGGCACCAACGAGGCCGACAUGUUCGACGUCGCCCUCGACGAAGCCUCCACCAAGCCCGAAAGCCGCGACCGCAGCGAGAAGCGCAACAAGCGCACUAAGAAGGACGAGAAGUACGGGUUCGGCGGCAAGAAGAGGCACGCCAAGAGCAACGAUGCCCAUACCACGGGUGACCUCACGGGCUUCAGCAGCAGGAAGAUGAAGGGACAGAGCAGACCUGGGGCGGCGAAGGCGAGGCCGGGGAAGGCGAGGAGGGCGGGGAAGAAGUAGUGUAGGAUUUACUCGUGGGUGACGAGUGCAUUUGGAAAUGGCGUUAGGUGGUUUGAGGGCAAUUGCGAAAGAAAAUGUAGUUAAAUGGAAUAAGGAGAAUCUGCUAUGCACACUACUGGGAG